AUGCCAGUUGAUAAUGACGAACAAGGCACGUCUCAAGAACAAUUAUUUUCUAACACGGCAUCUCAAAUAUGGCCAGGAUUGAAAUCGAACGCGAAGUGCAACAUCAUUGUGCGUAUUUAUAUACUGAGAGCAUACAACUUACAUCCCGGAGAUAUUAGUGGACUAUCAGAUCCAUAUGUAGAAAUUGUUUUAGGGAAAUCCAUUCGCAUAUCGGAUAGCAAAAAAUACGUCCCUAAAACAUUAAAUCCUGUGUUUGGCAGGUGUUUUGAAAGAGUAAUAUCGUUCCCAGAAUGUUCGAUGAUGAAAAUUAGAAUUAUGGAUUACGAUAGAAUUGGGAAAAAUGAAUUGAUCGGUGAAACGACAAUUGAUAUUGAAUCAAGAUAUUUCAGCAAACAUAGAGCUCACUGUGGACUACCAAAGCAAUAUAACAAGGAUGGAUACAACCGUUGGAGAGAUAGUGAAAAACCUUCAAAAAUUCUACAUGAACUGUGUUCGUUAUAUUCAUUGAAACAUCCAAUAUACACGACGAACAGUGUUACGAUUGGUCUUAAAACAUUUCAUGUUCACAAUGAAAAUACUGAAUCCGAUAGACAAUCGUUGGCAUUGUAUGUAUUAAACCAUUGGCAAGAGAUGCCAGUUGUUGGUUAUCAUUUAGUGCCUGAAUAUGUAGAAACUAGAACAUUAUAUAAUCCAGAUAUGCCUAACUUACACCAAGGCACAUUAGAAAUGUGGGUUGACAUGUUUUCAAAGGAUAGUAAUAUUCCUGAAAUGGUAGAUAUUAAACCACCAAUUGUUGAACUCUACGAACUUCGUGUAAUUAUUUGGUCCGUCACUGAUGUAAAACUCGUGGAUAACAACUUUUUUACAAAAGAAAAACACAGUGAUAUUUAUAUCAAAGGGUGGUUACCAGGUGUCGAAAAACGGUCAACAGACGUUCAUUACCGAUCAUUAAACGGCGAAGGAUUGUUCAACUGGCGUUUAAAAUUCUCGUUCCCUUAUAAUAAAACUGAAAAUAUUAUUGUCUACAGAAAAAAAAAUUUUUUCGGUUUGGACUACGAAGAACAACAAUUUCCUCCCAAGUUAAAUCUUGAAAUUUGGGAUAACGACCAGUUAUCACCAGAUUUGUAUAUAGGUAAAUUAAACAUUUUGUGA